UCACCAAAAUAAAACAAAAAAGCAAAAGAGAAUAAAAGCAUUGUUCAACUUUUUGCACAAAACAUAUUUCAAAAGCAAAAGUGGUGAUCGAUAAUGGUGCAAAUCUGAAUUCGCCCCAACACCGGCAACAAAACCACUUUCCUUAAUAUUGUUAUUCAUAUCAAAUCAAAAAUAAUAAUAUUCAUCCAUCCCAUCAUCUCCUAAACACACCCACAAGACUCAUACCGUAAAGACUUGAUCCUUACAUACAAAGAUUCAUAUAUACUUACAAAUUUGAAUACCCAGAAUCCUCUUGAAUCAACCCACCGACAAAAACCGUCAGAAAAGUAGUUUAGAAUCAAGGGUUUUAGGUUUCUUGAUCUGGGUAACGGUUUGUGGCGGGAAUAACGGUUUAGAAUUGGCGGGAAUUCUGUUAUUGGAGUUGCAUGUGUGAUUAUUAUGGCGAACCCAUCUGGAAACGGGUCGAAUGGUAGUGAUUCGGGUCAAGUCAGUUAUGAUGGGGAGCAGAGUGCUAGUGUUUCUACUGAUUGGACUCCUGAUGAACAGUUGAUUUUGGAAGAUGGGUUGUCUAUGUAUGCGUCUGAAUCAAAUAUCAUCCGGUAUGCAAAGAUUGCUGUGCAGUUGCAAAAUAAGACUGUGAGGGAUGUGGCUUUGCGGUGCAGAUGGAUGUUUAAAAGGGAUAUAAGCAAAAGAAGGAAAGAAGAUUACCUCUUAACUAGGAAAACCAAAGAUAAAAAGGAAAAAAUGAGUGAGCAUUUGGCAAGUACGUCUCAUUUAGCAACUCAAACCGGACCAUCUUCAUUAUUUAAUGGAGUGGUUGCGAAUGGAAAAUCAAAUGCUAUACAGUAUAGUGUUCUUCUGAGUCCAGCUGGACAACUUCUUAAGGAAAGCGCACAGGCUAUGGAGCGGGUAUCCGCAAAUCUUGAAACACAUCAGGUACAUGAGAAUAUCAGUCUCCUUUGUCAAGUUAGGAAAAACAUCCGUGACAUCAUGAGCAAUUUAAUCGACACCCCAGAGAAACUGAAGCAGAUGCCGCCACUUCCAGUGAAGCUGAAUGAAGAUCUACUCAACUCAUUGCUUCCUCACGCGACAUUACAGCAACAUAUGCAAUGAUCAUUCAUGCUGCUAGUGAUGUAAAGACGAAGGAUAACGAAGUCGUUAGUUAAUAAUUAACUCCUAAAUGGGUUUAUAUGGUUUUCAGUUUUUGAAUAUUUGUUUUAUCAGUACAUAGGGAAAUAAGUAGCUGUAUGUAAAACAUUGGGAGUUUUUAAUUAGGGUUACAUAGUUUGAAAAUUUGGGCAUUUUAAGCCUAUUGUUGCUUUACUCCUCCCAUUAAAUUGAAUGAAAUUGUUUAAAGGCA